ACGAUGAUUGGACAAUAUGCGUCCAUCACGUCUUCUUUACGACUGGAGUGUCUUGGCUUCUGUAGGCGAAUCUGUGCAUGCGUGCCCAGGAAUAAUCUCUGAAGGAAUAUAACUGUCGGGCUAUUCCAAUCUCAAUCCAGCUUCCCUAUGCCACAACAACGUAUACGAGUAACCAGUAUCACCAAUGCCAAUCCAGUCUCUCAUAAGCUCACUUCGGCGGCGUAGCCGUCGCGCUUCACCUCCUCCAGCUCAUCUGCAAGCAAAUACCCAAAAGAUCGAAUGGCGUCUUUUGGACGUCUUCUCACGCAUGUGGGAUCUGGGCUUCACUGCUUUCGGGGGCCCGCCCGUGCAUUUCCAGAUCUUGCAUCGGAGAUUCGUCGAGGGGUUGGGGUUUCAAGGUGGAAGUAAAUGGUUAGACGAACAGACUUACCAAGAACUCUUCGCAAUAUGUCAGGCUCUCCCCGGUCCAGCCUCAACUAAAAUGUGUUUCUGCAUCGCCCUCCUACAUGCAGGCAUCCUCUCCGCCGUCUUCGCCUUCCUUCUCUGGAGCCUUCCUGGCGCAAUCGGUAUGUAUGGGCUUUCGCUCGGCGUACAGAAGAUGCCGGAACGUCUCCCUCCCAUUGUAUACGCCCUGCUCUCCGGACUGAACGCCAGUACUGUUGGCAUCAUCGCACUAGCGGCUGUUCAAUUAUCCGAGAAGGCCAUCAAAGACCGUCUUACACGCAUUCUAGUGAUCUUUGGUGGCUGUGCGGGUCUGUGCUAUAAUGCGCUAUGGUACUUCCCUGUAUUAAUCGUCAUUGGUGGUCUUUCAACUGUGACUUGGGAUGUUUGGCUGAGACAGCGUGUGGGUAAGAUGAAAGCUGCGUACCUUGCUAAAAGGAGGAGAGCGAGAGACGAACAAGGUGAUGCGGAGGAGGUUCAGACUACAACACAGAGCAUUCCUAUUGAGCUUACGCGUCCGGAGGCUGUGAAGAGGAGACAGAGGGCGGGAAGCUCAACAGAUCGGAUUGUGCCUGAGCGAGAAGAGGCGGGAAGGAGUCAUGCUGGUGAACACCCAGUUGUUGAUGAUGUGGCUGCGAAGAACGAUGCCGAGACCGUUGCACCUGUGGCGGAUGUCAAGACGCAUAACAUUUCUGUAAAGGUUGGCGCGUCACUAAUCGUGGGCUUCCUGAUCUCCUUCGUUGUCAUUAUGGUUAUCCGCGGUACGGUAUCCAGCGGCCGGUCAUUCAAUCUCUUCUCCAACAUGUAUCUCGCCGGCACCAUAAUCUUCGGUGGCGGCCCUGUAGUGAUUCCCCUCCUGCGCUCUUAUGUCGUAGACCCAGGUUGGGUUUCACCACGGGACUUCCUCCUCGGUUUGGCUAUUAUCCAAGCUUUCCCUGGCCCCAAUUUCAAUUUCGCAGUAUACCUCGGCGCUCUGAGCAUCGCUUCAGCAUCCACUUCUACGCCAACCAUCGUAGGCGCCAUUCUUGGUUUCAUCGGCAUCUUCUUCCCCGGCAUCGUGCUAGCAGUCGGCGUGCAGUCUAUUUGGCAGGUCAUGCGCACCAAAGCAUGGGUACUCAGUCUUUUGAGGGGCAUCAAUGCGACGGCUGUGGGACUAGUCUUCACGGCUGUUUACAGGCUUUGGGAAAUUGGUUACUUGACGCCAGAAAGUAGUAACGGGAGGAGUUUGGCGGACGAGCCGUGGUGGGUCGUCGUGGCUGCCUUGGCCUACGCGGAAACGGCUUGGUUUGGGGUCCCACCUGCUGUGGCGAUCAUCGUUGGUGCUGUUCUGGGCCUGGGUUGGUAUGGAGCCGUUGGACACUGAGAGUUCCGACUAUAUAUUUGGGUCGUGGGAAGCAAAACGCCAUCAAAAGCAAUACGGUCUUAUGGUCUAGUGGUAUGAUUCUCGCUUAGGGACGUUCUAUUAGAACACAAACCCAAGCACAGCUUGCGAGAGGCCCCGCGUUCGAGUCGCGGUAAGACCCGUCUUUUUUUGCCCUGUAGCAUAAGGGCAAUGCUCUAGUCUUUUUGCUAUAUACUAGCUUCUUAAGUUUAUAUAACAGACAUUGUUCUUAAUGCAGGUAGCUAUUAUCUGGUGCAUCUAGAUGUACUUUGACGUCUUGCGUUACACAGUAAAAGGUCUAGUCACUUCAUCAGAGACUAUAUUGCGCUG